UGCGCUCUCCGGGGCUUCACCCGCUGCACCACUGUCCAGGCUCCGGGGCAUCACCCGCUGCACCACCGCCCAGGCUCCGGGGCAUCAUCCGCUGUACCACCGCCCAGGCUCGAGCUUCAGUAACGGCUCAUCGCAUAAUGAGAACCUGCGCCAGCUGAUACAGACGCCGCAGCCAAUCAGCGUGCAGGGUGGGGGAUUUAUACCUGAGAGCUGCUGGGGAUGUUACAGGCAGUGUGGGGCACAGAGCUACAGUGGUAAGAAUGGCUGCAGUGAUGACCAGAAGUAUGCGGCUCAAUGCAGACAACAAAAUGGAGGCUGGAAAGAAGGCAGCUGUAACCAGACCACGCCAACGAAACGCACUGGGAGAUAUUGGGAACUGUAUAGUAGGAAGAGGCAAAGUGGCUGUGAGAAAAGAAGCUAAAGUUGUAAGAAACAAUGUGGUGGAGAAAGCUGUCAAACAACCACCAUAUCUUGAGGUCCUAGAGGAGGAAGAAAAGCCACUCUCGCCAAGUCCCAUGGAUACAUCUGGUGCCUCACCGAUGGAAGACCAGGGUGUUUCCCACUCGGAUGCACUGCUUCAGGUGAAAGAUGUUGAUGAAGAGGACGCAGACAACCCCAUGCUGUGCAGUGACUAUGUAAAAGAGAUCUACUGCUACCUGAGGGAACUUGAGGCUGAGCAGGCAAUCAAACCACAUCCCCUCCAAGGACAAGAAAUCAAUGGCAACAUGAGGGCUAUCCUUAUUGACUGGCUGGUACAGGUCCACAUGAGGUUUAAAUUGUUGCAUGAGACACUGUUCAUGACCGUAUCUAUUCUGGAUCGUUUUCUACAGGUUAACCAUGUACCCAAAAACCUGUUGCAGUUGGCGGGUAUAACGGCAAUGUUUCUGGCAUGCAAAUAUGAAGAGAUCUAUUGUCCCACAAUUGGAGACUUUGCAUAUGUUACUGAUCACACUUACACCAGUGCUCAGAUCAGAAAUAUGGAAAUGCAGAUUCUAAGGUUACUGAAGUUUGACCUUGGACGGCCCUUACCCCUGCAUUUCCUGCGGAGAGCAUCAAAGAUUGGGGAGGUGGAAGUCUCUCUGCACACCUUGUCUAAGUAUCUGAUGGAACUGGCUAUGCUGGACUAUGACAUGGUGCACUUCCCUCCCUCACAAGUGGCGGCAGCAGCUUUCUGCCUGUCCCAGAAGCUCCUAGAUGGUGGCGAAUGGACUGCAACUCUACAACACUACAUGGCCUACAGUGAAAGUGCUCUUGUCCCAGUCAUGCAGCACCUGGCAAAGAAUAUCCUAAAAGUAAAUAGAGGUCUUACAAAGUUCAUGGCAGUACGGGACAAAUAUGCCAAGAGUCAGCAGAUGCGGAUCAGCUGUCUGCCACAGCUCAACUCGGACCUCUUGGUGACAUUAGCCAGCGCUGUGUCCUGAACACUUAUCUUGCUAUCUGUACUUGCCCUGAAUCAAUGCUCUUAAUGUAUUUUAUAAUUUUUUUUUAUGACUUUUAAUAAAUAGACUUCUUAAA